AUGUUGGUCAUUACGCUCGGUGAAGGACCUGUCGAGUGCAAGAUAGGACCCAAAAUUCAAGACGAGGAGGAGUUACGAAGCUCAUCGAUGAUGUACAGUAGCGAGGAAUCCGAUGAAUGCCACAUUCCUACAGUCGAUGAAGUCCGGACAGUAAUAACAGCCUCAGCUUGUUUCCCUGCGACAUGUCCUGCUGCGGUUUCCAGGCGGAUAUGCAUCACGAUUCGGGCAAAGGCCACCAUAGAUGCCAAUGUCGAUUCGCUUCCCUCGUCCCAGUUGCAGUUGCUUACAGAAUUGGAGCUCCAUCUGGACUCCGUUGACACGAUACUGCACGUCGAUGGACAGUGGCCCGGCGCUGUCGCAUUUCUUUACAGCCCUGGAUACGAAGCAUUCGCGGCGCCGCAGUACAAAUGCUGCGAUCUACUUACUGUACUGUCGCACCGUGUCCAGAAUAUACCCAGGUGCCAGGCAGUGCUAGGUACAAGAAUGUGUUCAAGGUUGACUACGGCAUGCUGCACAUAA